UCUCAGUCCAGGGGGAACAUCACUAGUUUUGUAAUCAUUAUUAAUUCAUUCAUCCUACUAUCGUCGUUGUUAUUAGAAUAUAGAAGUAGCCGUGGUCAUUGAAGAACCAGUCCGGGUUGGAUUGAGCCUUCAUAGUUCUGCUGAUACACGAUCAUCCUUGCAGUACCCUCGACCAAUCCAUCCAUCUUUGGGACUUAAUCAGUGUUUGGUGCGUGAUCGCUUCUCGCAGGCCGAGGCCCGUUGUGUGCGGGUGCCAUUAUCAGCCGUCCCACCGCAAUAUCAGCUCAUCCCAUCGAUUAGUGAUCAUAUCAAACCUCAUCUUGCUCAACGUGUUGAACCCUCCCACGUUUCACCUCCUUUAACGCCACACCCCUCUAGAAUAGAAAUUGUGAUACACCUGAGACGACUAUGGUCGGAUCCUCCCCUUGGUUGUCAGUAUGACCGUUAAACAGCCCAGAGUGACCACCACCACCACCACCGCCGCCAGCCCCAACUCGUCAUCUGUCUCCGCCUCUAGGACAGGGUCCUCGUCGUCCUCGUCGUCGUCGUCCGUCCCCUCGCAUUCAACGGUCGGGUCCAGACCCACCGAGCAUCAGGCCCAGCCCGGGCCCAACACGAGCUCGCCCAACAAGAUCCCCAAGCCCAUUCCGGCCAGUGAUUGGUCUGUGGUGGAAGUGCAAAAUUGGUUCCGACGCAAGUGCGGCGAGUACUAUCAUCUCUACUCGGAAAAACUCCUAGAACAAGGCAUCACGGGACCCUCGCUCUUGAGACUGAACGAAAGCUCCCUCCUAAGGUUAGGAAUCUUUCAUCCAGAACACCGCCAAGCCAUUUGGAGAGAAAUUACCAAGCUUCGUCUCCGAACUAAUAUCCUCAUCUUGCGAGAACUAGAACGGGAACAAAAGUGA